AUGAAAAAAGUUGGGAAGUUGAAGAAGCCCCCAAAAGUAGAAGACGUUGCGGAACAGGAGAAGAAGGUCUCUAACCAGAAGGGGAAGAGGAAGGGAAGUGAGAUUGAUGAAAUUUUUGCUGCAAAUAAACGGAAGAGACUGGAAUCGGAAAAGAAGGCUGAGGCCGAAACCAAAGCCAAAGUAGCUGCUGCCAAUUUGAAAAAGAAGGAAAAGAGUAUGAAGAGCCGCUCCUUCGAAUUUUCAGCCGGCACUUGUGGACCGAGGAAGAGAACUGCCGAUGGAUUGGCCGUGUUUUCAGAAGAAGAGCUGGGUAUAGGGAAGCCAGAUGCAGGAGGAACUGCUCUGUGCCCUUUUGAUUGUGACUGUUGUUUUUGA